UUUGUGAAGCAUUUUUUUUGAAUCACGUUGCGGUUAAGAUAUUUGGCUAAAAAAUAUAGUCGAAAGAAAAGUGAUGAGCGCGCUUGUAAAAUCAAGGUCGUCCGAGAACAUUUAUUUAUAAAUCUCUGAACAACUUUGUGCGUUAACGUUACGUCUUGUGCGCUCUAAUAAUAAUAUGGACCGCGUAUGCAAAUGAGAUCAUUCAAAAAAAUGGCUCGUGAAAAAAAAAUCAAAGUGUUAACGCUCGUUAUUUUCUUAUGUUUGUUUGGUUGGUUUCGUAAAGUGAAAGCGAGUGAUGUUCCCAAAUUAAAACAUUUCAUACGGGAUGGAAAUAAUGGAUUGGAAGGGGUUUGUAUUGCGUCUGAAAGUGAUGUUUAUUCAGCAACCGAUUGGAGUUUCCCUUUAACUGGAAGACAGGAAGAUCAACCAUUAACAGAAAAUUAUUUUUUACCAAACUUAACCAGCGACAUUGAUUGUGAUUUUGAACAAGGUCAUCAUUGCAUAAAUAAAUACAAAUCUAAUAUAUGGCGAAUCUCUGAGGAAAAUGAUAAGAAAUAUAGGACUAUCUUUGAUUACCGUUGGGAAGAUUUACCAACUUAUAUAAUUGAUAAAACCACUCCUCUUACGGAUAAAAGAAUAGACAUUCAUCAAAAUGUUUCAAUAACAAUUUCGAUACGUAGUAAUGAUGGAUUAAAAAUAUUACUUUGUGAGGGUUGGUUACCCAACAAAUAUGCUUGUUACAAAGUUAUAUUCGGUAUGAUAAACGGAUCGGAUGUUUUUGUUGUUAAUAGUAAAAAUGAAACGAUUACAUCUUAUUCGUAUGAAAAGCCCAUAUUUUCUUUUGAUCAAUGGAGAAGUUUUCAAAUAUCGUUCUUACCUACUGGAGGAAUAAUUUUAAAAGAUUUAAAUGAUGAUGUGGAGAUUAUUAACAUUUUAGAUAAGAAUCCACUAAAAGUUAUAUUUUUAUUUAUGGAGAGUGAAAAUGUAUCACUUUGGAAAAUUCAUCAAAAUAACUUUUUAUACACAAAUCUAACAACCAAUACAACAUUCGGACCUCCAGUUAAAACAACUAGUAAAAAUUUAACUAUUUGUAUGUUAGUUUCAAUGUGUGAAAAUUGUAAACUUAAUUUUUAUUCCAAAGAUGAGAAAACGAUAAAUUUAUUACCAAAAAGUGAAAUUAUUUUGAAAAAUUGGAAAUUAUUCAAAAUAUAUGUAACAAAUUACACAAAAGACCAACUUCAAUUAUUUACUGAAACAACCGGUCCUAAAAACGGAUUUUGGAUGAUUGAUAACAUUAGGAUAUGUUCUGAGAAAGAAUUAAAAUUAAAGGUACUUAAAAAUAAUAAGGGUAUCUUAAAUAUGAGUGAUAACGAAAUUUCGUGUCACGCUCUUUCAAAGCAACAAUGGCGACCAAAACCUUAUUUAUUAAAGUUAGAAGAUGUAGAACUACCAUCACCGAUUAAUUUCUCAGAAAAUACCACUUCAAUUAGGCUUUCUAAUUUAAAUUGGAAACCACAAAGAAUUGGAGAUGAACAAUUACCAUUUAUAUUAAAGUAUCAGGGUCAUCAUCUUUGCCCAGAAAACAACAAUUUAAAAAAUGUUAGUAUAGAGCGAAUAAAAUCCAAUGGGAUACUUUUAGUUGAAGGAAACGAAAUAACUAUAAACAAAUUAAUACCAUACACUCAUUACUCCUUUUCAAUAAUUCAUUUAAUUUAUGCAAAUUUAACGAAGGAAUAUAAAUUAAACACAAAAGAAUUAGCUAGUAUUACUGAAAAUGAAUUGCCAACAAAUGUUAAAAUUAUACCAAACACUUAUAAAGCAAAAAUAUUACGUAAACCAGCGUCGUGUCAUGAUAUUUUUGGUAGAUUGCAAUAUAAAUAUUCUAUAGGAAAUAAAACGAUAUUAAGCAUCAGUGAAAAUCAAGAUUAUACAUCGUUAAAUUCUUUUACUAAUUAUACACUUGAAAUUAAAACGAGCAGAAGUUUUAACGAAUAUUUUAAUAAAGUAUCGACGUUUUACAACUUUACAACCAAACCGGAUGUCGCCAGUUUUGUAUCCUAUUUAGAUGCUUAUGAAAUCACAGAGAAGAGUGUAGCUCUUCGUUAUAAACUUCCGAAAUUAGUAAAUGGAGUACCAGAAAAGGUGAUGGUUCAUUUUUGUACCAGCCUCUUACGAAAUAAGUGUGAUUCAAUAAUAGAAAACAUUACAAAAUGUGCUCAAUAUCCCGAUAUGUAUUGUGUUAAUGUAAAAAAAUUGAUUUCUGGGCAAAUUCAUACAUUCAAAUUAAGUAUAAAAAAUAAAGGUAUUAACGUAUUUGGUAAAGAAGAGAAGAUACAAAAUGUUUUACUAAAAGCUAAUGUUCCUGGUAAAAUAUCUAAUUUAACGUAUAACGUUAUAAACUGCAGCGAAAUCCUUGAAUAUUGUAACCUCAAUAUUUCUUGGACACACCCUUGGAAUCAAUUAGGAGCCAUAACCGCUUUUGAAAUAGUAUUAACUGAAGUUAAUGAAAAUAAAGGUUUAAAUGAAAUAUACACAAUAACUGGGGAAUACAGUCCUACUUAUUAUCAUAUUAUUAAUUAUUUACCGUAUGCUACAGUUUACAUCAUUUCUGUGCGUGCUAUCAAUAAUAAACUAAAAGGAGAUUAUGUUAGUAUAAAAGGAAAAAUUGAUCAUAUAGGAGAUCAUAUCGACCAAAUUCCUAGUACGGUAAAUAUUAAAGAAGAUAGCAUUUCAAUUCAAAUUCCUCCUUUGGAUUUAAGAAUAGAAAAAGCUAUUCUCGUAGUAAUUGUUCAAAAUGAUGUACUUCAACAUAUUGAUGAUGGAUUAUGGCAUAUUGCUAAUGGGAGUUUGUGUAAGGAUGUUGCGGAAACGUGGAUUGCGAAAGUCGUUGAGUUUUCACAUGAAAACCAGUCAUUUGUAAUCGGUGAUGAAUCAAGUGAAUUUUCAGACGAUUAUCAAAGAGAGAUUGAAAAUAAAAAGCUUCUUCCAGACAACGAAUACUGUUUCACUUAUGUCAUUCAUAACGUUUAUAAAAAUAUAAGCCACACGAAAAUUUACCAUAAAUCAGAAAGAACCCUACCAGCUGUUUUGGAAAUAAAAGAAUCUCCAAAUGUUGUUCAAACAAUUAUGAUUGCACUUACAGUUCUCAUAUUAUUUAUGUUGAUUGGUUUUGUAUUAUUUAGAUAUAGAUAUAGAUUAAAAUGCAAUCGACAUUUACAAGAUGGUGAACACGUUUAUGAAGGUAUACCUUUUGAUAACUACAGUGAAGCCAAUGACGCUGUUUAUAAUUCAACUUACGACAAAUUAAUUCAUAAUUAAUUAAUUAAUAUUUUCUUAAUUACAGAAAUAGUGAUGAUUGUGUAAAUAUGGUUGUUUUAAAAUUUAGAUUCUCUCUGUGAUACUAUGACGAUUUUAAAUUGUGUUGCCUCUAUAUGUACUAAAAAAAGUUUAGUAAUUAUAAAAUUUAUUUUAUUUUCGUAGAGUUAUACCUUAAUAGAAAUUAAAGGACAAGAUUUUCGUAUUUUAAA